AUGGCCCUGAGGGUCCCCCUCAGGGUUCCUCUGCUGCUCACGGGGCUGCUGACCGCAGGCCUGGCGCAGUUGCCGAUUCCUGCCUCAGCCCCCCGAAGCUUCUGGGCCCUGUCUGAAAACUUGACGGCUGUGGAGGGGGCCUCAGUGGAAUUGCGGUGUGGGGUCAGCGCCCCUGGCAGUGUGGUGCAAUGGGCCAAAGAUGGGCUACUCUUAGGCCCUGACCCUAGGAUCCCGGGCUUCCCGAGGUACCACCUGGAAGGGGACCCUGCUAGAGGUGAGUUCCACCUGCACAUCGAAGCAUGUGACCUCAGUGACGACGCAGAAUAUGAGUGCCAGGUCAGCCGCUCGGAGAUAGGCCCUGAGCUCGUGUCUCCCAGAGUGAUCCUCUCCAUCCUGGUUCCUCCCAAGGUGCUUCAGCUGACGCCGGAGGCAGGGAGCACAGUUACCUGGGUAGCUGGGCACGAGUAUGAGGUCAGCUGCGUGUCUGGGGAUGCAAAGCCAGCACCUGACAUCACCUUCCUCCAGAGUGGACAACCAAUACCUGACAUCUCUGCUAAUGUGAACGAGGGGUCCCAGGAGAAAUUCUUCACUAUGGAGGCCACAGCCAGGGUGACACCUCAGAGCUCAGAUAAUGGGCAGUUACUGGUCUGUGAGGGGUCCAGCCCAGCUUUGGACACCCCCAUCAAGGUCGCAUUCACCAUGAAUGUUCUGUUUCCCCCAGGACCUCCUGUUAUCGAGUGGCCGGGCCUGGACGAGGGCCAUGUUCGGGAAGGGCAGAGCUUAAAGCUGCCGUGUGUGGCCCGAGGGGGGAAUCCCUUAGCAACCCUGCAGUGGCUGAAGAAUGGCCAGCCCGUGUCCACAGUGUGGGGCACGGAGCACACCCAGGCGGUGGCCCGCAGUGUGCUAGUGAUGACCGUGAGGCCAGAAGACCACGGUGCGCGGCUCAGCUGCGAGGCCUACAACAGCAUAUCUACAGGGACCCAGGAGCACAGCGUCACGCUGCAGGUCACCUUUCCUCCCAGUGCCAUUACCAUCCUGGGAUCUGCAUCCCAGUCUGAGAACAGGAAUGUGACGCUGUCUUGUAUCACCAAGUCCAGUCGCCCGCGGGUUCUGCUGCGAUGGUGGCUGGGCUGGCGGCAGCUGCAGCCCACGGAGGAAACAGUCAUGGAUGGACUGCAUGGCGGCCAUAUCUCCAUGUCCAAUCUGACAUUCCUGGUGCGGCGGGAGGACAACGGUCUGACUCUCACAUGUGAGGCCUUCAGUGAAGCCUUCACCAAGGAGACCUUCAAAAAGUCACUCACACUGAAUGUAAAAUAUCCUGCCCAGAAGCUAUGGAUUGAGGGACCCCCAGAGGGUCAGAGCCUCCGGGCUGGGACCCGGGUGAGGCUGGUGUGUUUGGCCAUCGGGGGCAACCCGGACCCCUCCCUAAUCUGGUACAAGGACGCGCGCACCGUGACCGAGUCGCGGCAGCUCCAGGAGCCGCGGCCGGUGCAGCUGGGAAGCCUGGAGAAGUCCGGGAGCACCUUCUCCCGCGAGCUGGUGCUGAUCACCCGUCCGUCGGACAACCAGGCCACGUUCACGUGCAGGGCGGGCCUGCUCCGAGCGUCCACGCGGCUCGCGAGGCUGGAAGGCGUGGCCACACAGCCCCCGAGCGCCCCGUUCAAAGGCUCCGCCGCGGCCAGGAGCGUCCUUUGGCGAGUGUCAUCCCGCGACCAUGGCCACCGCGUGACCUGCAGCGCCCACAGCGUCGAGCUCCGCGAAACCGUGAGCUCCUUCUACCGCCUGGACGUGCUGUACCCUCCAGAGUUCCUGGGGGAGCAGAUGUUCGUGGUGACCGCAGUGGAGCAGGGCGAAGCGCUGCUGCCCGUGUCCGUGUCCGCUAAUCCCGCCCCUGAGGCCUUCAACUGGACCUUCCGGGGCUAUCGCCUCAGUCCAGUUGGCGGCCCCCGGCAUCGCGUCCUGUCUGGCGGGGCUCUGCAGUUGUGGAAUGUGACCCGCGCCGACGACGGCUUCUAUCAGCUGCACUGCCAGAACUCGGAGGGCACUGCCGAGGCCCUAGUGCGGCUGGACGUGCACUAUGCUCCUACCAUCCGCGCGCUCCGGGACCCCACUGAGGUGAAUGUCGGGGGUUCUGUGGACAUAGUCUGCACUGCUGAUGCCAAUCCCGUCCUCCCCGGGAUGUUCCACUGGGAGAGGCUGGGGGAAGAGGAGGACCAGAGCUUAGAUGACAUGGAGGCGGUGUCCAAGGGAUCCACAGGGCGCCUGCGGAUUCACGAUGCCAAGCUGACCCAGGCUGGUGCUUACCAGUGCAUCGUGGACAAUGGAGUGGCACCUCCAGCACGAGGACUGGUCCGUCUUGUUGUCAGAUUUGCCCCUCAGGUGGAACAUCCCACUCCCCUGACUAAAGUGGCUGCAGCUGGAGAUGGCACCAGUUCUGCCACCCUCCACUGCCGUGCCCGAGGUGUGCCCAACAUCGUCUUCACUUGGACCAGAAAUGGGGUCCCUCUGGACCUCCAGGAUCCCAGGUAUACGGAGCACACAUACCACCAGGGUGGAGUCCACAGCAGUCUCCUGACCAUUGCCAAUGUGUCUGCAGCCCAGGAUUAUGCCCUCUUCAUGUGCACAGCCACCAACCCCCUUGGCUCGGACCACACCAACAUUCAACUCGUCAGCAUCAGCCGUCCUGACCCUCCAUCCGGAUUAAGGGUUUUGAGUGUGACCCCGCACUCAGUGGGGCUGGAAUGGAAGCCUGGCUUUGAUGGAGGUUUGCCACAGAAGUUCCAAAUCAGGUAUGAGGCCCUGGGAAUUCCAGGGUUUCACUAUGUGGAUGUCCUUCCGCCCCAGGCCACCACCUUCAUACUGACUGGGCUGCAGCCUUCUACACGAUACAGGGUCUGGCUACUGGCCAGCAAUGCCCUGGGGGACAGUGGACUAGCUGACAAGGGGGCCCAGCUCCCCAUCACUACCCCAGGCCUGGACCAGCCUUCUGGAGAACCAGAUGAUCAGCUGCCCACAGAGCAGCCUGCAGGGCCUCCGAGGCUGCCCCUGCUGCCUGUGCUGUUUGCUGUUGGGGGUCUUCUGUUGCUCUCCAACAUCUCCUGUGUUGGGGGAUUCCUCUGGAAGCGGAGACUGAGGCAUCUUUCUGAGGGCAUCUCAGAGAAGACAGAGGCUGGGUCAGAAGAGGAGCGAGUCAGGAAUGAAUAUGAGGAGAGCCAGGGAACUGGAGACCGGGACACACGAAGCUCCAUGGUUAGUACCACAGAAGCAGAGCCAUAUUACUACUCCAUGAGGGACUUCAGCCCCCGGCUUCCUCCCACACUGGAGGAUGUGUCUUAUUCCCAAGGUUUCACAGGUCUUGCAGAUGAGGCUGUGGCCUUUCCUGGGCACCUGUAUGAUGAGGUAGAAAGACCGUAUGCCCCGUCUGGGGCCUGGGCACCCCUCUAUGAUGAAGUGCAGAUGGGCCCUGGUGUCCUCCAUUGGCCUGAAGAUGAAUAUAAGGGCCCAAGAGGAGUCUAUGAUCAGGUGGCAGGAGACGUGGACACCAUGAGACCUGAUUCUCUACCUUUUGAACUGAGGGGACAUCUGGUGUGAGAGCCUCUUCAACACCUUUUUCUACACCCAUGGGACAUAACACUCCAGUGGUUUUUCAUUCCAGCCUGGGCUGAGCUUGUUGAGUGAGCUCCAUGACACAAAGGAACUGGGCGGUUUCAGGAGGGGACAGGGAGGCCUGUGUGUAAGUGACAGAAGAUGAUUCAAGCUAGUGCCAACGUCUAAACAAGGCUCCUCCUGGAUUUGGCUUUAGAAUCUAGGCUUCUCCAAAUGGACAGGGUGAAUUGUCAAUGACAUCUCAAAAAUGAAAUGCUGUUCUAGAGGUCCUUAUACUUUUUGAAGUUAAUUUUCAAAAGUGGGAAAAGAUAUUAAAAGUUCUUCAUUUUGAAUUCAGUUACACCUGAAAGACAUAAUACAGGUGGAGUUUAUGAACCGAUGUUAUAUUCUACCUAUUCUUGUUAUAUUAUCUUCUACAGUUAUCUAAAACAUGAUGCAUAAACUAUGACAUACAUGUAAACACAGACACUAUAGAAAAUAAAAUAUACACAGACUAUUACAAAAA